AUGGCUUCUCAUGACGCGAAUAUCGAUGAUGAAGACCUCACCAUCCAUGCCUGCUGCGCGCCUAUAACAAACCUAGCUCGACCCAUUGAUUUCAGUGAGCUUGACGAGGCGGAAACCAGACCUUUCUUUCACUGGCCAAUCUUUGGACCAUUGAUAGUAGAGAACGAGAGCAGCGAUGCGCGAGAUCACUGCGCCAAUGAGAGAACGUUCCUCUCAUACCUUCGGUUAUCAAUUUACAUGGCCAUCGUCUCGGUAGCCAUCACACUUUCAUUCCAUCUAAAGAACGAGGCCACACCGUUAGAGUUGCGCAUGGCAAAACCUCUCGGGACAAUAUUCUGGGGACUUUCAGUCUUGACUUUGUUUGCAGGAAUGGGUAACUAUAUAACAACGGUCAAUAAGUACAGCAAACGGGCGGCUAUUGUACAGAUUGGUUGGAAGACCCAUGCAGUAUUCAGUCUCACAGCGGUCUCAAUCAUAGGCACAUGUCUCAUCCUGCUGGUCAUUGCCAAGAUUCGACAACAAUCAUCAUCCAAUUCCUGA